UCUUUCCAGACCUGACACUCAGGCAACAGCAGACGCUGACCUGUGUUUGGCAUUGGUGCAACAGCCCCCUUGUCCAGCACAGCACUGCUCCCAGCUCCCAGGAUGGAAGCUUGUCACUCUCAAGAACAGUUCAAUAUCACUUCAUAUGAUGCCACAGCUGUGGCCAUUGUCACCCUUGAGGCAUUUGCUGGCAUGUGGAUAAAUGCUUUCAUUGUUUCUGUGAUUUACAUGGCUUGGGUCAAGAAGAAAACCUUGAACUCUAAUGAGAAGAUCUUGCUGUUUCUGGGAUCCUCCCGGUUUUGGUAUUUGUGCAUCUCAUGGGUAUAUUUCUUUCUUUCAAUAAUUUAUCCCCAUUUCCUGUAUGUUCAACCCACACUUCAACUAGUUGCGUCUAUUCAGAGCUUUUUAAGUUAUUCCAGUCUGUGGUUUUCAGCCUGUCUUUGUGUCUUUUAUUGUAUAAAAAUUGCCAAUUUCAGGAACAGCUUCUUCAUCUACCUGAAAGGAAAAAUUGACAGGAUUGUGCCCUGCCUCUUGUUGGGGUCAGUGCUUUUCUCCCUGGUUAUUGGCAUCAUUGUCUAUGAUAUCGCUAAUAAACCGCACUGUAACAACCGCAAUUCCACUGGACGAGGUAAUUUUUGGAAAGCAAAUAUCAAAAUGGAUAAACAUUUUUUCCCUUCUUUUUUUAUUGCUGGCUUUGGAUAUGCUGUUUCAUUCACAGCAGUCACCUUUUCUGCUCUUCUCCUUCUCUUUUCCCUAUGGAAACACAAACGCAACAUGCAGACAAACUCCAUGAAGGACCUCAGCAUGGAUGCCCACAUCAAAGCCAUGAAAUCCAUUCUCUCCUUUUUAGUAAUGUACAGCAUCAACUUUGCAUCUUUGAUCUUGUCACUGGUUUAUGCCACGAGGAAGGGAAGUCCUGUGACAUUUCUCAUUUUAGUAUUUCAAUACGCUUUUCCGGGUGCUCAUUCAAUCAUUCUGAUUUUUGGCAAUCCCAAACUGGAAAAGACAUUGCUAAGGAUUCUGCUCUCUGUGAAGUUCAAGGCUUGCAUGAGGUAGGAGCUGUAAAAAACUGCUGUAGCACUUGCAAAAUGUCGAUAUUUCAUUCUAGAAAGGGAGUCAUUUAAUCUCUCAUGCAACUCUCCAGGCAAUGUAGACGAUACAGAUGUUCAGUCUUUAUCACUGAGAUUAAGAAGAUAUCAUUCAAACCCUAUGAACUAAAAUAGUGUGGCUUAAAUAAAAUAUUUUCAAUUAUAAUUUCAUCCAGCUAAUUCUUUGAGUUAAAUUAUUGCCAAUAAAAAAUUUAUUUAGACCUGGUACAUGGGCUGGUUACAGAAGGGCAAUAACAAUACUGCAAACUUUCCUCAAACACUUCGGUAUUUGCUGACUGAAACAACCAAAAUAACAACAGGUUUAUCUCUGUUUUAGUUUACGUUACUUUCUGCUGUUCUAGUGUAAUAUGAUGAGCUGUAUCACUGUCUGGCAGUGGUUGAUAACUGAUGUGUGAACACAUUGAUUCCUGUCACUCUCCACAGGUGGUCACUGACACACAAACAGUGAUGCAGGAAUGGCCAUGGGGGGCACAGGUGGGUGCAGAGCCCACUGCCCACACCAGCCCUGAGGGUCCUCUCUGCCCCACUUCCUGCAAGAACAGGAUUGCCCUGCUCUGUGUGACUGCUCUCCUGCUCUGCUUUUACUUGUAGGUGAGACUGACUUUUCCAAAUGGACACUGAAUAACCAUGAAAUAGGAUUUGUGCUGGAUCAGGGGAAGACCAUGAGAAGGAAGGAGUGGACAAGACAACACAUUAUGAACUGACUGCAAUCCCCAUUCUCCUUCCCCCUGUGCUGCCGAUGGAGAGGAGGUGGAAAAGCUGGAAAUGACAGAGUGGAGUUGAGUUGAGUCUGGGAUGAACGGGGGAUUGGAGACAUCGGUUUCUAGUUUUGUGUUUGUUCCUCAUCAUCCUACUCUGUUUUCAAUAGGGAAAAAAUUUAAAUAAUUGUCCCCAGUUCGAGUCUGUUUUGUCAUGACAAAAUAACAAAUGAGUGAGUGUUCCCCCUGCCUUUAUCUUGACCCAUGAGCUCUUCCAUGCCUGCCCUGUGUAUGGGUGAGAGUGACAGAGCAGCUGGGUGGGGGGCUGGCAGCUGCCCAAGGUCAACCCUCCACAGCAGGUCCUCUAAACAUGACAUAGUUCCAGCAUGAACUGAGCAGAACCUGAAUUGGUCAUUUCUCUCACCAGCUUAGGUCCUGAGGUAGAUCUUAAAAAUCUCAUCUGGACACAUCUCCCCACUGA